AUGAUACGCCAGUUGGAGAAUAAGCUGAGAGGUAGUGAGGUAUCUUUGCGGAAACAUAGCGAAUUAGAAACUUUAAAUGAUGAAUUAAAUGAACUUUAUGAGUCUGAAGAAGACCAAGAGAAUAUAGAUGAUGUUUUUACGCUGAAUCAAAUUGAAGAGUUUAAAAGGAUUUAUACAUUUAAACCCAUACAAGCAUCUAUAAAAAAAGAAAAAAAGUCUACAGCAAGGUCAGAAAAACGAGAUGACGAGGCGUAUUUAAAAAAAUUACAAGAAAAACAAUGUUGUCAAAAGCUUUGCAUUACUAAAAUCGAUAUGCAGGAAGCUCUUAACAGAUAUCGUGAAAUUAAAGCAAUGUCUCAAAUAGAAAGUAAUUUUUGUUUUUUAGGAAUGAUUGAUGCUAGUGUUAGAUUUGGAAUGUUAAAUAAUGGAACAUCAAAAACAUAUUUAACAACUAACUAUAAUUUUAGUGGAAUAUCUGUUUGCCAAAAUGCUUGGCUAAUUAUAUACGGUAUCGGACGAGCAAGAUGGGAGUCAUUACGGGCACAUUAUCAACAACAUGGACUAGCUUCAAAAAUUCAUAAAUUAAGUGGAUGUGUUAGUAAUUUUGCGAUUCCAUUCGCUGUAGUUUUGCAUGUGCUAAAAUUUAUUAAAAAUUUCGCUAAUCAACAUGGUCUGCCGUCUCCAGGUCGAAGCUUUCGGGAUAAUACUAGAGAAGUAAUAUAUUUACCUGCAUGUGAAAGCAAACGUUCAUUAUUUAGACUUUAUGAGAAUAUUGAAAGUGAAGAAGAUUGUAAAAUUAGUCUUUCAAGUUUUCUUAGAAUUUGGAAAUUAUAUUUUCCAGGAAUUAAAUUUUUAACUAUACGUAACGAUUUAUGUACGUUAUGCAAAAAUAUGCGGUUUGGAGCCAAAUAUUGGCAUAAUGAUGAAGUUGAAAAAAAAAUACAAGAAUGGAAUAAGCAUUAUAGUUGGGCACAACUAGAACGAGAAUAUUAUCGGUUUAUUAAUUAUUUAAUUCCAGAAAGUGAAAAUGUGGGAAAAGGUGCUGACGUAGUAAUUUCUCUGGUCCAUAAUUACUUUAUGAACCACGCUAAAAUUGCUCUUGAAAAAUUGAUGUUAUUAGCUUUAUUAUAA